GGUAACACAGUCUGAGCAACUAGCUACCGUUUCUUGUUCCCACUUUCUCCAUGCCAUAACCCAUAAUAACAUUAAACUCUUCUUAACCAUCAUCAUGCUACGUUUCACGUCAAAGUCAAACUCCUCUUUCUUCCUUCUCCUAUUCUUCUUCCUCUUUCUCUUUCUCUUUUCCGCUUCUGCAACAUUCUCUCUUUUAAACUCUCUACGCGCACCAUCAGAUGGCGUUGAAAUUGUAGGUGAGAAACAGCACGAGGACAUGGAGGCAUGGACGAAGAGGAGAUCAAUGGCGGAAGGUGCACUUACAAAGAACACGACGACUCUCGUGCUUGCUAAGGAAAGAACUCGCCGGAAAGACUUGUUUAACGGUUUUCAACGUUACACCGGUGGUUGGAAUAUCAGCAAUGUCUAUUAUCUCACGUCAGUUAUGUCUACUGCUGUUCCUUUUCUUUCCGUGGCUGUAGCCUGGUUCGUGAUUUUUGGAAUUUUUUUACUUAUCAUCUUAGCGUGUUGCUGCUGUUGUAACGGAGGAGAGUCAAAUGAUGAUGAUGACUAUUCUAAAGCACUGCAUCAUUUGUCCUUGACCUUGCUUAUCCUCUGUACCAUUGCAGCAAUAGGUGGAUGCGCUGUUCUGUACUCUGGUCAGGGGAAGUUUCGUGAAAGCACUUCCAACACACUUGAUUACGUUGUGAAUCAGGCUCAAAUCAUAGCUGAAAACCUCAGGAACGUGACAAGCUAUUUUGAUUCAGCUAAGCAGCUUGUGAAUGGGAUUCCCCUGCCACUAGAUCUUGGAUCCAACAUUGAUGAUGUAAAAGUGAAAGUCACCACAGCUGCUGAUUCUCUCUCCAAGAAGGCUAAAGAAAAUUCAAGGAUGAUACACAAAGUCAUAGAUGGAGUGAGACUGGCUCUUGUUACUGUUGCUGCUGUUAUGAUCUUUGUUGCAUUUCUCGGAUUGUUAUUUUCUUUACUUGCUUUGCCGGGUCCUGUAUACUCCUUGGUGGUUAUUGGAUGGAUUCUUGUUACAGGCACCUUGUUACUUUGUGCUGCAUUUCUGUUUGUCCAUAAUGUUACAGCGGAUACAUGCGUUGCGAUGGAUGAGUGGGUUGUGAACCCCACUGCCCACACUGCCUUGGACGACAUUCUUCCAUGCGUGGAAAAUGCAACUGCCGUGGAAACCCUUCUACGAAGCAAGACCCUCACAUAUACCAUUGUUGAUGCAUUUGACCAAAUCAUUUCCAAUUUCACAAAUGUAAAUGCAGCUGCUAAUUUCAAUCAAUCAGGUCCCCUCGUCCCUCUUCUCUGCAAUCCAUAUAUUGCCAACUUCACAUCUCGCCAGUGUGAGCCAGGGGAAGUCACAUUCAAAAACGCCAUCGAGGUGUGGAAGAAUUAUACGUGCCAGGUUUCGUCAUCCGAGCAAUGUAUGAGUGAAGGUCGUUUGACACCGAAGAUAUACAACAAACUGGCAGCUGCAGUGAAUGUGACAAAUGGUUUAUUUCAUUAUGGGCCAUUUUUCGUUGAUUUGGUAGAUUGCACUUUUGCACGUAAAGCAUUCUCAGAGAUUAGCAGCAACUAUUGUCCUUCUCUGCGGAGAUAUACUGAAAGGGUUUAUUUGGGAACGGUUGUGGUAUCUGCGGCUGUAAUGCUCUCCUUGAUAUUUUUUAUCGUCUUUGUCAGAGAGCAGUGGCGGCGUCUUCACAACUAAAGGCCAUCCUAGUAGUUGCUAAAUUUUAGAGAAAAAAAAAAAAUUUAGUUCUUGUAACGUAAUCAUGUAUAAUAUAAUUCUUCUGAUAUCAAAUACAAUGAAAAAAAAUCAUACAUGAUAGUA